GUCCGGAUGUCAACAUACCACACGGCGAUAGGAUCGUGUUCGACUGCGACUUCUCCCAAAACCACGGCGUUAAAGCUGUAUGGAACGAUAUAGACUGGAAUAGCACUAAAGUCGAGUAUCCACCAAGUCAUUUGAACAAGCCGGACAUGUUGUGCAACAAAAACGACACUGGUUUUGUCAUGCGAUGCUCGUCCGAUAGCGUCACACAGGCCACGUGUUCCAAUAAUGGGAUGAUAACUCUGAAACUGAAAACCAGGACAGGAUUUGAACCGUAUUCUACGUCGUUCAAGAUGAGUUUGCAAGAGAAGAAGAGUAUCACGGCGUCAACGCCGAUUGCCAAUAACGCGUCUGGAUCCGUUGUGGUAAGAUGUAGCGUAAGCGGGGUUUGCAAGCCAUACAAGAUGCAUUUCUACGCGUAUGAGACAGACAUCAAGAAAACAAAAAUUGACGGACCUCAGCUCAACUAUGAAAGCUAUUUCAAUAAUACUAACGGCUAUACGAUCGCCUGUAAUGACGAAAUUAAAGGCGACGACAUUCGUAAAGGCAAAACAAGGGUCGCGUGUGCCCUGACCGAUGGUAUGGAUGAAUUAAUAGCACAGGAGACGGAGAUUCAGUUUCCGGUAUGUUGCGAAAAGAAAGUCCAGUCAGCUAUAAACUGCGAAGCAGUAUGCAGGAACUGCACCGGCGGUUGUCCUUACUGCAACAAAGACAUCUGGUGUCGAAAUGGGACAAAUACAUUUAUCACGGACAAGGAUUCAGCGUUCGAUAUUUGCGAGAUAAUGAACAAUUUAAACUGUACGCGUUAAGGAGGUUGAACAAAGUUUACACGAAAGUGUUAACUGUUCUUUUUCUUUAUUGACACGAAUUAAAUUGCAUUGCUCACUUUAGUAUUUUUGUUUUUGUUAUUUGAACGUUGAACAUGUUGUUUGAUUUGAUAUAAAUAAAACAAAUAUUAUGAAAUGUACAAAAUCACAUAUGGUUGUUUAAAUGCAUCAUUUGCCAAGCUAUGAGUGAUUUUCUAAUACGUGUGAUACACAGUGUGUCGCUACCAACCAUUGAUUAUUUACUUUCGAGCUAUUUUCACGUCCAUAUGUGAUUUCAACUGUGAUUUGCCUUGUGAAAAUGUACUUUGUAUCAUGGGAGCUUGAUGCAUACAUGUAUAUAC